AUUCGAAAUUAAAAUGACAUCAUCAAGAAUCUUGUUGCUUGUUCUUGUGGCUACAGCAUCAGCUUUCACAUACAAUGAGGCAAUUGCUAAAGAGAAUGCAGCAUUGUCUUUUGCUUCCUAUUGUCCAAAUGCAGCAAUCCAUAAUUGGUCUGUUGGCUAUGUUAGUAAAUCAUAUCCAGAUUUGACAAACAUUGAAGUUUUCGAGAAUCUUGUUAGCGGAACAAAAGGAUAUAUUGCAUAUAACAAAAAAGAAUCAGCAAUUGUCGUUGUUUUCAGAGGAUCAUCAAAUAUUCAAAAUUGGAUUGAGAAUAUUUCUUUUGGAAAAACCGAAUACAACAAAGCAUGCAAAUGCAAAGUACAUACAGGAUUCCACGAUGCCUUCGUGUCCCUUAAACCAAAACUUGACUCCUUAUUCCCAGGAUAUGCCACCAAAUACCCAUAUGCAGCCAUCCAUGUUACAGGACACAGCUUAGGUGGUGCCAUGGCUACAUUAUACGCCUUAGAAUUGGCUGAAGCAGGAAGAACAGUCGGUUUGUUCACUUAUGGUUCCCCAAGAGUCGGAGAUCCAGAUUUCUAUGAUUGGUUCACCAAAUACACUAAAAUCACCCACUUCAGAGUUGUAAACCAAAACGACACUGUUCCUCAUCUUCCAUUGUAUGCUAUGGGAUUCUAUCAUCAAGAUAGAGAAAUCUGGUAUCAUGAUGGAACUCACACAGUUUGCGCAGCCACUAGAGGAGAAGAUAAAACUUGCUCAUACACUGUCAAAUCUACUUCUAAUGCUGACCAUAGCACUUACAUUGGUUUAAGUUCAUCAGUUGAUUGUUGAUUUUAUUUACAUCAGAAACCUAUUAAAAUUAAUAGUAUUUUA